AUGACUACUCCAGCACAAAAGGCCAAUUUGGCUCGAAUUCGUGAUAACCAGCGGAGAUCUCGCGCACGAAGGAGAGAGUAUUUGCAGGAGCUUGAGCAACGGCUGCGAGUCUGUGAACUCCAAGGGAUCGAAGCCUCCGCUGAGGUGCAAAUGGCCGCCCGAAAGGUUGCGAAUGAGAACAAGCAACUACGGGAACUCCUAAACCGAUAUGGAGUAACGGACGAGUACAUCGCGCACUACUUACAAGCCUCGGCAGCCAGCCAUCCAGAAGCUUCACAAGGACUGACGGUUCUACCUGGAGAAUUAGGGGUGGCUGCACAAUCAUUGCAACAACUCAUGCUGCCUAGACGACCCUCGCAUCUAGAACAAACAGCCCAAUUUACGGUACCGAGCCAAUCCAGCAGCAGAGAAGAUUCUAUUGCAAGCGUAUCUACAACAAAUUCAUCCGUUUGGGAGUCAUCACAAUCGACCAUUGCGUAUGGACAUCAUGGUCAAGAGCUAGGUGUAUCUCCUACAGAUCACCACCCUCACCAUCACCACUCUGGUCCUGCUGGCUUCCCUUCACAGCCCGCCACAACGCAACCUCUUCCGUUCCAAAAUUCCCCUACGGCCCACGUCAUAAGCGAUCCGCGUCACGGUUUAGUCGCCACCCAACCAUUGUCCAUCGAUAAUCGCCAGGCGAUGAACUAUCAGUUUCCUAUGAAUCCAGAUGACGACCCUACGAGCCGAUAUUGA